AUGAAGGCCGCCGCAAUUCUCGUCGCCCUGGUCGCCGCCGUUUCGGCCAGCCCCGCGCGCUCCAAGAAGGGGGACGAAGACCCGUGCGUUGCCAUCAAGGCCGGCUGCACUAAGGAGGAAACUGAGUGUCAGGACCGGUGGGCUUUCAUUGAGUGCCCGCCCUACGUCGAACGGUUCUGCCCCUGUUACAAUAAGGCCAAGUACUGCAUUAAAAAAGCUGGAUGCAAGCAGUAAACACCGUCUGGGUGCCAUGGACUCUCGUUUGGGAAGCGCGGAGGGCAAGUUGGGGAUCUGAUAUGCUACAACAUCUCUCACUUGUCGUACUCAGGCGGUCGAGAUCAAUGCUCUCGGCGGGUUAUAGUCACCUGUUAACGGUCUUAGCUGAGGGUGUCGACAACGAGCUGAGCGGCUGUACCGAGUAUGCUAAGGCUAGAGAGGAAAGGAAGAAGUGAAUGAAACCCUAGAACCUAGAAGGGGGCGGCGGCGAGCUCCUAAGCCAGGGCGGCGAUCAACGCAACGUCGGUCAAGAGGUUGUCAACCAGCUCAGGAAGUUCAUGUUUGUGUCUUUGAUAGGUCCGAUUGGGAGUCCAAAGAUGACUUGCUGCCCGGGAACAAAAUCGUUACGCC